AUGAAAGGUGGUAGAACCAGAUAUAGGAAUACGUUAUACGCGGAAAUUCAAGAAGGGAAUUCAAUUCUACAUGCGGAAAUUUCUAAACCACAUCGUCAGGAAAUGGUACAUAAAUCCGCCAAGUGCAUUGAAAAAUUAAAAGUCUAUAUUAACAAAUUGGAAAUUCAAAAUAACAAAGUUGCUAGUUCAUUAGAAGAAGAUCAAUCAGGAAUAGCAGAUAAAUUGGCAGAUGAAGAUUGCAAGUUAUGUUCAGACGCAACAGACUGUUAUUUGGAACUAGAGAACUUCAAAGAAAGGUUAGUGGAUAAUAUUAAAUUAGAAACUACAGAAAAUGUAGAGAAAGUCAAUCCAUCAGAUUUUAUUCAACUUCAACAAGAAAUGAAAGAUAUAAUACAAACACAAUUGAAGCAACAAGAGAAUUUCAUAAAGAGUCAACAAAAGAGUGAAAGUGCAGAAACAAAUGUGAAAUUGCCAAAAAUUGACAUUAUUUCCUUUAACGGAGACAAGACAAAAUUGAAUGAGUUCUGGGAUUCUUUUGAAUCUACUAUUGAUCAAAACAAAAGACUUUCAAACAUCGAUAAAUUCAAUUACCUGAAAAGUAAACUGGUAGGUGACGCAAAAUAUGCAAUUUCUGGAUUAAAUGUGUCGCAUGAAAACUAUAUUAUGGCAGUGAAUAUUCUUAAAGAAAGGUUUGGGAAUACCCAAGAUGUGAUUGAUUUGCACUACUGUGAGAUGAUAAAUUUACAAUGCCCUUCGAAUAAAACAUAUUCAUUGAGGUUAUUCAUAGAUAAAGUGAACCGUCAUUUAAGAAGUCUUGAAGUUUUGAAACAAAGUGUAGACCAAGAUAUAUUUGUGUCAAUGGUACGUUCAAAAUUACCACAGGAAGUGAUGCUGCAACUUGAAAUUCAAAAAGGAACUACAGAAAAAUGGUGUGUGAAAUCUUUAUCUGCUAGAUUAAUGGAUUAUGUAGUGGCAAAGGAAAGGUCAGACAAAAGUGAUGUUCAAAAGGAUCGACAAAAUAGUCAAAACAAUAACGGAGCAAAUUAUUUGUCAAAACGAAAUCAGUUUCAAGGAGAGUUUUCUAAAUCCCAAAAUGGAUCACGUCAGUUUCCAAACAGAAGUUCAGCCGAAGCACUUGUAGUGAACGGAAAUGAUACUUCGCAGAGCUCAUCUUAUUUUGAUAAGUGUAGAUUUUGUCAAGGAAAGCAUUGGAGUGAUCAAUGUCCUAAAUACAAAACCAUUGAGGAAAGGAAAGCUCAGCUGAAAGGUAGUUGUUACAAGUGUUUUCGAAAUACACAUAAAUCAGCUGAAUGUAAGAAAGGAAAAUUGUGUGUACAUUGUGGUGUUUUAAACAGUCAUCACCGGAGCUUAUGCCCUAAAAAGUUCGGAUCAGGAUUAACAAGUGUCAAUUUGAGUGAAGAAUAUGAUCAUUCUUCUAGUAGAUUAAGUAGUGGCGUGGAACAAUCAUUAACAAGUUUAAGUGAACAGAGAGAAACAGCAUCGGAGAAUGUUCUAAUAUCAUCUAGUGAAAUUGUUCUUAUGCAGACCGCUAAAAUUGAAGUGACCAAUCCAAAUGAUUCUUUAAAACAAACAACCAGAUUAUUGUUUGACUCUGGAUCCCAGAGAAACUACAUUUAUCAAAAGUUAGCCUCAAAGUUGAAAUUAAAAUCUGAAGGAGACGAGGAAAUUUCAAUAGUUACGUUUGGAAGUGAGAAGGCCAGAACCGUGAAAACCGCAUCAACUAGUUUAUGUAUUCGAUUAAAUAAUGGAAAAGUGUUGAAAAUUUCGGCUAACAUUCGUCCAGUUAUCAGUGGAACUGUUCAACGGAGAAGAUUAGAUACAUCUUCGAUUGAAAAUGUGAGACAUUUUGUAAAGGACGUUGAAUUAGCAGAUGUCAUUCCAACCCAAUACGAAACGUCUACUGUAGAUUUGUUGACUGGAAAUUAUCACUAUUUUGAUUUCAUUCUUGGACAAAGGAUUGAAAUUCAACCUGGCUUGUAUCUACUUGCUUCUUAG